CUCGGCGCUGCGCGGAGCAUGUCGGCGCUGCGGCGCAAGCUGGGCGAUGAGUACCAGGUGGUGAGCACCUCGGCCAGCGGCGGAGGCCUCCCGCCCCCGCGCAGCGCCCCGCGGGGGAAGCGGCAGCGCUUCGUGGACAAGAACGGGCGCUGCAACGUGCAGCACGGCAACCUGGGCGGCGAGACCAGCCGCUACCUGUCCGACCUCUUCACCACGCUGGUGGACCUCAAGUGGCGCUGGAACCUGUUCAUCUUCAUCCUCACCUACACCGUGGCCUGGCUCUUCAUGGCCUCCAUGUGGUGGGUGAUCGCCUACAUGCGCGGGGACCUCAACAAGGCGCACGACGACAGCUACACCCCGUGCGUGGCCAACGUGUACAACUUCCCCUCCGCCUUCCUCUUCUUCAUCGAGACCGAGGCCACCAUCGGCUACGGCUACCGCUACAUCACCGACAAGUGCCCCGAGGGCAUCAUCCUCUUCCUCUUCCAGUCCAUCCUGGGCUCCAUCGUGGACGCCUUCCUGAUCGGCUGCAUGUUCAUCAAGAUGUCGCAGCCCAAGAAGAGGGCGGAGACGCUGAUGUUCAGCGAGCACGCCGCCAUCUCCAUGCGCGACGGCAAGCUCACGCUCAUGUUCCGCGUGGGCAACCUCCGCAACAGCCACAUGGUCUCGGCGCAGAUCCGCUGCAAGCUGCUCAAGUCCCGGCAGACUCCGGAGGGGGAAUUCCUGCCGCUGGAUCAGCUGGAGCUGGACGUGGGGUUCAGCACCGGGGCUGACCAGCUGUUCCUGGUGUCCCCGCUCACCAUCUGCCACGUCAUCGACUCCAAGAGCCCCUUCUACGACCUCUCGCAGCGCAGCAUGCACACGGAGCAGUUCGAGAUCGUCGUCAUCCUCGAGGGCAUCGUGGAGACCACGGGGAUGACGUGCCAAGCCAGGACGUCCUACACGGAAGACGAGGUGCUCUGGGGCCACCGCUUCUUCCCGGUGAUCUCCCUGGAGGAAGGGUUCUUCAAGGUGGAUUAUUCCCAGUUCCACGCCACGUUCGAGGUGCCCACCCCGCCCUACAGCGUGAAGGAGCAGGAGGAGAUGCUCCUCAUGUCCUCGCCCCUGAUCCCGCCCGCCGUCAGCAACAGCAAGGAGAGGAACAACUCCGUGGAGUGCCUGGAUGGGCUCGACGAGGUGGGCACAAAGCUGCCCUCAAAACUGCAGAAAAUCACCGGGAGGGACGACUUCCCGAAAAAACUGCUCAGGAUGAGCUCCACCACCUCGGAGAAGGCCUACAGCAUGGGCGACCUGCCCAUGAAACUCCAGCGCAUCAGCUCGGUGCCCGGCAACUCCGAGGAGAAGCUGGGCUCCAAGACCACCAAGAUGAUGUCGGAUCCCAUGAGCCAGUCGGUGGCGGAGCUGCCCCCCAAGCUGCAGAAGCUCUCGGGGGGCGGGGGCAGGAUGGAGGGGAACCUCCCGCCCAAACUGCGCAAAAUGAACUCCGACCGCUUCACAUAACGCGCCGGCGCCGGCGGGAUCCCACGCGGCUGGGGC